GUGUGUGUGUACGCGCACGCGUGUGUGUGCUCUAUUGAUGGACUGCUCCCUGACUUUCACUGAAGGUUACUGUAGCCUCCAUCCCAAGGCCGGAGAAGUUUACAAGCCUCACCUUUCGCUGUGCUCAAUGCUGUAUAUCCGUAACCCAAGGGCACUAUAUAUUUCCACCUAAUUAUGUCUUCUGGUUCGGAUACUAGCAGCACACCGGAACCUAUAAAACAUGGGCUUCUUCCAGGUGUGUCUCAGUUUAAAAUGGUGAAUUACUCCUAUGAUGAAGAUCUUGAAGAACUGUGUCCAGUAUGUGGAGAUAAAGUCUCUGGGUAUCACUAUGGACUACUUACCUGUGAAAGCUGCAAGGGAUUCUUUAAACGGACAGUCCAAAACAACAAAAGGUACACUUGCAUAGAAAAUCAAAGCUGCCAGAUUGACAAAACUCAAAGGAAGCGUUGCCCUUAUUGUCGGUUUCAAAAAUGCCUCAGUGUUGGGAUGAAGUUGGAAGCAGUGAGAGCUGACCGAAUGCGUGGGGGUCGAAACAAAUUUGGACCAAUGUACAAGAGGGACCGGGCACUGAAGCAGCAGAAGAAAGCUCUCAUCCGAGCAAAUGGACUCAAGUUGGAAGCCAUGACUCAGGUGAUUCAAGCAAUGCCCACUGACCUAACAAUCUCCUCUGCCAUCCAGAAUAUCCAUUCUGCCUCCAAGGGCCUACCUCUCAACCAUACCGCCUUGCCUCCCACAGACUAUGACCGGAGUCCCUUUGUCACCUCUCCAAUUAGCAUGACCAUGCCACCACAUGGCAGCCUCCAAGGAUACCAGACCUACGGUCACUUUCCCAGCCGUGCUAUCAAAUCCGAGUAUCCCGAUCCUUACACUAGUUCCCCAGAGUCCCUAAUGGGCUAUUCUUACAUGGAUGGUUACCACCAGACAAGCUCACCGGCAAGUAUUCCUCAUCUGAUCUUGGAACUCUUGAAGUGUGAGCCAGAUGAACCCCAGGUCCAGGCAAAGAUCAUGGCAUACCUGCAGCAAGAGCAAGCCAACCGAAGCAAACACGAAAAGCUCAAUACUUUUGGGCUGAUGUGUAAAAUGGCUGACCAAACCCUCUUCUCGAUUGUUGAGUGGGCCAGGAGUAGCAUCUUCUUCAGAGAACUUAAGGUUGAUGACCAAAUGAAACUCCUUCAGAACUGCUGGAGCGAGCUCUUAAUACUAGAUCAUAUUUAUCGGCAAGUGGUACAUGGAAAGGAAGGCUCCAUCCUUCUAGUGACCGGGCAACAAGUGGAUUACUCAGUAAUAGCAUCUCAAGCCGGAGCCACCCUCAACAAUCUCAUGAGCCACGCGCAGGAGCUGGUAGCGAAACUCCGAUCUCUGCAGUUUGAUCUACGAGAGUUUGUGUGUCUCAAAUUCUUGGUGCUGUUCAGUUUAGAUGUCAAAAACCUAGAGAACUUCCAGCUGGUGGAAGGUGUUCAAGAGCAAGUGAAUGCUGCUUUGCUGGACUACACAAUGUGCAACUACCCGCAACAAACAGACAAAUUCGGGCAGCUCCUCCUGCGACUCCCAGAAAUCCGAGCGAUCAGUAUGCAGGCAGAAGAAUACCUCUACUACAAACACCUGAAUGGGGAUGUGCCAUGUAAUAACCUCCUCAUUGAAAUGCUGCACGCAAAGAGAGCAUAAAUUAUAUCCUUUCACACAGCUUGUGCUUUUUCGAAAAUAAAAGGGGGGAAUACUCUGAACUGCUGCAAGCAAUCCUAAUUAAAAGAACUUGCUUUAAAGGAACUUCGUGGGAGGGGGGAAAUUAAAAUGGUAUAAUAAUCAAAUUCUUAAUAGUAAUUAAGUGAUGUAUCAGGGUAUUUGUAUUGCAAAACUGUGAAUCAAACGCUACACAGUCUCCCCGAAAGAACUUGUAUAGGACUUUAUUACUGGUGUGAAACGAGAUUGCAGACAGAUGUGGAUACCUUUGCCUGUGUCAGACAAAAUAAAAACAAAAUAGCAACUCCUGUAAAUUAAAAUGUUCCCUAUGACCACUACGGAGAAAUGUAGGAGGAUCAAGUGCUGUCUGUAUUAUUCAGCCAACAGAUCAAGGGGAUCUGAAUGCACUACAUCCCUUCGUUGGUUAGCAGGAUUGAAAACUGCUCGGAAAAGGAUGCAAAAACAGCAGUCACCUUUUGCCAUCCUUCCAAGGACAAAAUAUGUAUUACUCUUUCCAAAAAAGGAAGAAAAAUGGAUGUGUGGCCCUAAUUUGUAUGAAAAGAUCUACAGUAGGCCAUUUUCGUUGUGUGUAUGCCUAGGAGCACUACCAAAAUAAACAAAACAAGCCUGGUCUUGGGGACUAUCUGUGACUUGGGCCUGCAACUAUAGUUAAUACUAUGAGAAAAGAGCAUUUGUUCAUAAGAUUUGUGUGACAUUCUCAAGCUGUUUCCAAGGUUUCUUUUUCAUCAUUGUGUUCAUGUCAUUCAGCCAGGCAACAAAGGAAGGAGAAAGAGCUGCAAGUUGUGCUGGAAGUAAGCUGCUCCAGAGCAGCUGCUGUGGGACCAUGUUUCCAGCAUACUGGUUCAAGCACUGUUGGAACGGCUUCUCAAAGCUUUUAGUGCCAAAUGUCUCUUGGCCACCAUCUUAAAAUAAAACAAUAUUUCUUCUCAGAGAUUUUAAGCAGCAGCAUCACUGGAUCCACUGCAUUUGAUCUGCAAUCUAGUUAAACAGAAUUACUUGGAUUUCACAAGGUAACUUAGUUCACAUGACUUUGAAUUGUACCCUACUGGCCAUCCAGUUUUGUGACCUUGUCCAAGGUCUUGUGUGAGUAUGUGUACUGGUAUAAAGGGCAGAACAAAUCUUUUGGCUCAAAAUUGUGAAUUAGCUGAUCAGACAGCUGAAGAACAGGCCUAGACAAUUUGUGAGCCUCCAAGUUUCACGAGCCAUGGAUAUGAAUAAUCAUUUUAAACCCUGCAUUAAAUGGUGGACAUUACAGCAGGGAGCAUUGUGGGACAUUUUAAAUGGCAGCUUGUAGACCAGAAGUGGGGAAUAUGUCAUUCUCCAGAUAUCCUUAGACUUCAAUUCCUGUCAUUCCUAGUCAGCAUAGCUAGCAGUGAAG